CCUUCUAUCCAAAGCCCAGCGGAGUUGAGGAGAUAUAGACAAGAGAGAAAGGUUUAUUCAAAGUUAAGCCAUGGCAACGAGAGCUUUGCUCGCCGUUAUAUCUGCGUCUCCGAAUCGCUGCUUCAUCUCAUCGAGCAGGAUCGAAAUCCAAUCUUCAGUUUCUUCUUUUUCAAGUCUAAAUUUCCAAAGACACAGUAGAAAAAUCCACAGAAUAGCUCGAAGUUACUCGUCUGACAAGGAUUCCUCCGUUCUUCCGCCGCCGGAAGUUUCCCGUCUGGCAGAGACAGCUCGAAUCUCUCUAACUCCGGCAGAGAUAGAGGAAUGUGAAACUAAAAUUCGUCGAGUCAUUGACUGGUUUGGCCAGCUUCAACAAGUUGAUGUUAACAGUGUGGAACCAGCGAUCAGAGCAGAUAUGGAUGGUGGAAAUUUGCGAGAAGAUUCUCCUGAAACAUUUGAGAACGGGGACAGUAUAAGAGCUUCCAUUCCAAGCUUUGAGGAAGCAUAUUUAAAAGUCCCUAAAAUACUUAACAAAGAGUGACUUUUCAGCUUCUUGGAGUUGUUUGGCUGGAGAGAAUCAUUGUCAGAUCUGGUUCUUGUUGAGAACAAAAUUGCGUCAAAAUUGUUAAGGCACGUAGGCUAUUGCUCUACAUCAUUUUGUUCACGAGUUCCCACAACCUUAUAUGCAUGUAGAGCUAAACUCAAAUCAGUUUUGCGUUUUGAUCCCGGCUUAUUUUGAAUCCUGUGUGUUUUAAGCCCGAUCGGUUAUGAAAUCGGACUGAACUAUUGGUCUACGACAUUCAUGUUCAUAACAUUCCUACUUUGAAAAGUGUUUGAUAUUAUGUGGA